AUGUCUAAUUGGAGUUCUGAUCAUGAAGUUGAUGAAAUGGUAGAGGAAGAAGUUGAUAGUAUAGUGGAAGGGAUUCAAGAGGAAGAACCACCAGCUCCAAUAUUCCGAAGAGUGCACAUAAAUAGAAACCGCGAAGAAGGCCACACUCAACUAUGGAAUGAUUAUUUUGGUGAGAAUCCGACUUACACUCCUGCUAUGUUCCGUCGUCGCUUUAGAAUGAACAAAACAUUGUUCGAACGCAUCGUUAGUACUAUUGAGAAUGGAGUCCCGUACUUCAGACAAAGACGAGAUGCUAUUGGAAGGCUCGGUCUUUCUGCACUUCAAAAAUGUUUUGCAGCUAUCCGUAUGAUGGCAUACGGAUGUUCGGGAGAUUUGCUGGAUGAAUAUUUACGACUAGCUGAAACAACCGCACACAAAUGCCUUGAAAAAUUUGUAGACGGAGUUAUCAAUCUAUUUGGAGACGUCUACCUCAGACGACCUACAGCGGAAGACCUCCAAAGAUUACUAAAUAUUGGAGAACAACGCGGUUUCCCCGGAAUGGUGGGUAGCAUAGAUUAUUGUAUGCAUUGGGAGUGGAAGAAUUGUCCAACUGCAUGGAAAGGACAAUAUUCACGUGGAUCUGGAAAACCGACAAUCGUACUAGAGGCAGUGGCAUCCCAAGAUUUAUGGAUUUGGCACGCAUUUUUCGGACCACCGGGUACGUUAAAUGAUAUCAAUGUUUUGGACCGCUCACCGGUGUUUGAUGAUAUCUUAGAGGGCCGAGCUCCAAGAGUUUCAUACGUUGUCAAUGGACAUCAAUACGAAAUGGCGUAUUACCUCACUGACGGUAUCUAUCCCAACUGGGCAACUUUCAUCCAAUCAAUUACACUACCACGUGGCCGAAAAGCUAAACUCUUUGCUCAAUUUCAAGAAGCAUGCCGGAAAGAUGUAGAGCGUGCCUUUGGAGUCUUGCAAGCUCGAUUUGCGAUCGUGAAGAAUCCAGCACUUUUUUGGGAUAAAAGGAAAAUAGGGAAAAUAAUGAGAGCAUGUAUCAUAUUGCAUAACAUGAUAGUGGAAGACAAACGACAUACCUACAAUUUCUAUGAACCAUCAGAGUUCUAUCACGGAGAAGGAAGCGGAACUUCUCAUGUUGAUCUAUCGUAUUCUACAGAUAGACAAACAAAUCUACAUAAUUUGAUGGGCAUUCGAAAUGACGUUCAUGAUCCACAAAUGCAUGAUCGUUUGAAAAAAGAUUUGAUUGAGCAUAUUUGGCAAAAAUUUGGUGCAACCCAUCAAUAA